AUGCUCUCGCACACCAGCUCCAGUGAGGACGUUAGCGACAAGGAGGAAGUCGUCCAGGUGAAGCAGCUCGAGAAUGUCGACACCGACCUCGAAUCCCAGUCGAGCUCAGGUUCUGGCGACGACGACGACAUCGAUGCCGGAUGGGAUCCAAAGGCAGUGGCGCGCACGAUGCGCAAGGUCGACUGGCGUUUGAUCCCUGUGCUUGCAGCCAUGUACACUGCAUCCACCAUGGACCGUGCCAACGUGUCCUUGGCUCGAGCGGCCAAUAGUGGACAGAUGAACAUUGACCUCGGCCUCAAGAUUGGUAACCGGUACAGCAUCGUCACGCUAGCCUUCUUCAUCCCCUAUAUCUGUCUCGAAAUCCCGUCUCAAAUUGGACUCCGCGCCUUUGGUGCUCGUAUCUGGCUCGGUGGUGCGACCAUUGCUUGGGGUGUGGUCAUGCUGUCCAUGGGCUUUGUGACAAACUGGCAAACGCUUGCAGGACUGCGUGCUCUGCUCGGCGUCUUCGAGGCGACAUUGUUCCCAGGCAGCGUCUACCUGAUUGCGUGCUGGUACCCGCGGUCCAAGAUGGCGUCUCGGAUGACCUACUUCUUCCAGGGUGCCCUCUUUGUCACCUCCGUCAGCCCCAUCCUCUCUUGGGGCAUUAGCCACCUACACAUGAAGAGCGGAUACCAUGGUUGGCAGUGGAUCUUCAUCAUCUACGGUGUCCUCACAUGUGCAGUCGGUAUCGUGGCCAUCCUCCUCAUUGUCGACUUCCCCGACAAGGCCACCUUCCUCAACCCCGAACAACGUGAGAUUGUCCUGUCACGUAUCGAGCGCGACCGCCGCGACUCGGAGCACGACGCUCUGACUCUCCGCAAGUGUAUCAAGUACCUUUGUGAGCCUCGUAUCUGGCUGUUUGGAAUCUUCUUCGGAUCAUCCGCCGUCUCGGUUUACGCUCUGGCCUAUUUCCUGCCUGUCAUUCUCGCGUCCAUGGGCUUCGACAACAAAAUGUCCCAAGUCCUCGUGGCCCCGCCAAACUUUUGGUGCAUCAUUCCUGCAGUCAUCCUGGCCAAGCUUUCCGACCGGUAUGGCUGGCGUGGGCAGCUCGUGGCGUUCAACUGCGUCCUGAUCGUCGUUGGCACGUGCAUGUUCUCCCAGCUGGGUAACAACCACGUUGCGGCCCGCUACGCAGGCGUCUUCCUCGCGACCGGCGGCUGCCAGUCCAACAUUCCUCUCAUCACCUCGUGGGCCCAGACUACGAUCCGUUCCCAGUCCAAGCGUGCGUUCACCUCGGCCUUUGUCGUCGCCUGGGGAAGUAUCGGCGGCAUCAUCGCCAGCGUCUCGUUCCUCGAGAAGGAGGCAAAGCACGGAUACCCCACCGGCAUCUUCCUCACCAUUGGCUUGAACGUGUUUACUUGCGUGUGUGCGCUCCUCCUCGUGGUCUGGUUCAAGUGGCAGAACCGCAAGGCCGAUCGGGGCGAGGUUGUGCUUGAGGGCUGCGAGCACUUCCGUUACAAGUAG